AUGUUGAAGAAGGCUUUAACCCAGAGGAAAUUAGAUGGGUUGACAAGACUGAUAGAAGCGGUGCGAGAACGAGUGAAUAAUAAUGUCUCCACCGCCAGCUUUACUUUCUGGGGUCCGUUGGGUAACCCUUUGCUUAGAUCUAAAAAUCGAGAGCAGUUGGCGCAGGACACGUGGAUGGCGAUAGGAUUGGAUUCCCUGGAGAAGGAGGUUGGCUUGAAGGGGUACAAGGAGGAGUAUAGGCGCAAGGGAGGAGUUGAAGGAGAAGAAUGA